AUGAAUGAUAGAACUCCACUCACGGUGGAUAGAGACAGAGUCUCUUGCCUUCUCCUAAUCAACUCACAGAUAUUGAAGAAAGCUAUCAAUAUAUAUAAUAAUGUGUUGAUAAAUCUGCAGGCUUUAAGUCGAUUACAACCGCAGGAGAGACAAAGAGUGGUUGAACAAUAUCAAGGUUAUACUAGACGUAUCCAUUGCAACUUACAGGUUCUCACCUUCAUUCACGAGAAGUACCAUUUGGAUGAUCCGUCUCAUCAAACCAGCAGAACCCCAUUUCCAUUCAUCAUCCAAGCACCUCCUGACAUGCCAGAAUUGAAUAGUUUAUACACUAAACUCACUGAAUUAUAUCCUGAAGCUUUGCAAUUUUUAAGAUUGAAGAUGCAGCAAAUGAAAGAAGAACAAAUGGGAAAGCUGCUGACCAAUUCCUCAACUCCUAACGUAACCAAUACCAUGCCCAACAGAAUGCUGCCUAAUGGUGUAAAUACAAUGGCCAGUAAUCCCAUGAGUAACGUAAAUUCACCCAUGCUCAACAACAUGAUGCCUAACCACAUGGCCCAGCAACGACAUCAAAUGGUCCAAAAGCCCCAGCAGCCCCAGAACCAGCCACCCAUACACCAAUACCAACCCCAAAAGCAAUUUGCUAAUAAUGGUAUGCCGAUGAACAAUAUGACUGGUAAUCAGCACCAGCACCAGCAACAACAACAUCAACAACAACAACAUCAACAACAACAACAACAAUUGAACCAAGCGGUGGCACCUCAACUGUUAUACCAGCAGAUGAAUGAUGGGUCACCCGGAUUACUGGAGUUUUUCAAUUGA